AUGCAUAUCCUCUCCGCCUCCUCCAUGCUUGCUCUUUGCAGCAUAGUGCUAGCGAAAAAUCACCAGUUCUGUGCCUGUCAGUCUGCUACUGAUGGAAGCAUCAACAUUGAUGCUACCGCACAGGUCCGCAGUCUUCACAGCACUGAAUACCUUUGGGGUCAAGCUGAAGGAGAUUAUUGGGUUGCCCAUGACAAGGGUCCCGGACCCCGAUUUGCAGGCGCAUUUUUGGAAGCUGCCUAUGGAUGGAUCGAUGGCAGAGCCUUCUAUAAUCUCUGCAGAAACUUUGGAGGUGGGGACUCUACAUGCUUCGAUUGCUCUAAGUGGCACAACGUCAAUACCGCCAUCUAUUGCGAUGUAUCCUAG